CAUCUCCUAUCAAAAAUAAGAUAUAUUUAAAGUGUCCAUGAAGUCAAAAUGUAAGUUAGUCUGAACUGAUGUAUCUUUAUUGAUAAAAUACAGAUUCGAAAGUCUCACGCUUCUAAGUGCCUUUAUAAGCGAGAUAUCCACGGUUAAAAUUGCCGAUUUUCGCACCUGCUCAAAACCAAUCAGCAGCACUUCCGGUUUUACUAUAUAUUGCGAUUGGGGUCUGUGACGUCACAACACAUCAGUUUCAAAAUGGCCAACGUAAGACAUAGAGAUAGCAGAUCGUCAACUUCCUCCGACAUCUGACUUCACAUGUCGUUUGAAGUCUCAUCUUGUGACGAUAGCGACGGAGAAGACCUGCAGGACAUUGUUCCUUACCAGUUUGAACCUGAGGCUUCUGAAUCGAAUGAAAGCGAGCAAGAUUCCUCGCUUGGGGGAAGCGACGAAGAUCAGCCGAGACUGGACAACACCGAUUGGUGUACUUGUGGAUACUGUGUACUAAUGCCUACACAGAGGGAGAGCAUCUGCUGUUGUGAAAUUGACAGAGUCAACAGGAAAAAGGAUUCAUCCGACCGAAAGCUUUCCUGCAUCACUCAGCAUCCUGGAUUCUCAUCGGUGUGCCUAGAUGUGUAUGUGCUUGAGACAGCCUACUAUCAGUACCGCUCCCAGUAUGGAGAAUUACAGACCAGCAUUGAAGAGAUGCAUGAAUGCGCUGCACAGAGGAGGUGGCUUCACUAAUGGCAGGCAGGCAACGGGUUCCAGCAUUGUCGCAGUAGCUGAUUUUAGGGUUUCCAUCAUCAGUGUUGAUGUGUAUUCUGAAAUGUUAAAGAAGAUCAGAAACAUUCUACAUAUUUAAAGUUCUUUUGCUUUUGAUGUUAAUUUUUUUUAUUGUACUGUACAAUACUGUUAUGUAUCGAUAAACAAUUGUUAGUCAUGAUUUCAUUUCUACUUGUCUUGAUAAGGCCAAAAAAUGUAUGUUGGCUUCCACUUUCCUGUCUAACCCUAAAAAUGGAUUCAUCGGAUUAUCCAUGACAGUAUAUUGGGACGCACUACCUACCUGAACUUUCAAAAACCCUAAUUUAUGUUACCAACAUAAAUUUUGUAUUAAGUCUGCAUUCAUACUUUUGCAUCUCGCUGUGCGUAAGAGUUGCACAAAGAGAAAGAACUAUUGGGCAACUCGGAAAUUGCAUAUUACUAGCACCGGCUGAAGUUGACUGAAUUUCAAUGCACGAAGGUUCUUCAAUCUCUGGGGCAUAAGAAUAAUUCAACAAAUAAUGAAAACCAACAACCUACCUACCGUUAAAAAUGUUGAUGUGAAAGUGGAAACCAACAUAUAUAUAUAUUUUGGCCUAAGUGACCAUAAGAAACUGAUUAUGUGAUAGGUACUGUAUGUAGGCUCCACUGUAACCUUCCGAACAUUAUAGUCGCCCUGCUUAAAUUUUGGGAAACUUAUCUUGUACUGCAGGUCACCAUCUCUAGUAGUAGCUUGUGACCUGGAUGCAUUCUCGUUGUAGUGAAUGGCAGCUAUCAUUAGGCUAUAAUAUAAUGUAUAUUUUUGGUAGUAUAAAUCUAAUCAUAAUUUUUAUGAUUUACCAAGUACAAAAUAAUAAAGGGGGGGGGGGGGGUUGCGAGUCUGGGAUAUCAUCUCUCCCAUUAAACUGCACUCCGAUACUCCUCAUUCUUGGUUGUAGCUCUGCUUGAACACCUUGAUAAAAGACAGAGAAUGAGUUCACUGUCUGUGACCUACACAUUCUAUAACAUUUUAAUUGGUUUAUAAUCAAAGAUUUGCAUGCAUCUUUUAAUUAAAUAAUCACCUCUUAUUAAUCAUAUUCAUAUUUUUUUAAUGUACUGUAUUAUAUUUGACAAUAUAUUUAUGAAAAUUGCUGCUAAAAAUUUAAACAUAAAGAUCCAGUUUAAUAACUGGAAAACAAACGCUAUCAAAACAGAAACAUACCUUUCUCUUUCAAAUUUGCAGAAACUUGCACUCUGACACUUCUUGUACGAGGGCCUGUUGUCUGGCAUGAUGUGGUUUUUUUUUCUUCAUGCUGAUUCUGAUAAAAGAAAA